AGAUGAUUUCCAAACUCCGACACACAUACGCGUCGUAGUCGUUCCACCAAGUUGGAACAAUCUUUGCAGCAGCUUCAGAAUUAUAGCGUUGACAAUGUCAGUCAAUCUGACUAGUCCUAGUACCAUUCUUGCUUUCAAGGCUGGUCGUGCUUUUCGACGCGCUGGAACCAACUUCGUCGAUGCCUCCCCCACCAAGGGCGCGGUUGUUGUCUUGACCAAUGAGGACGGGCUCAUACACUUCAUGUGGAAAGACCGUACGACAGGGGAAGUUGGCGAGGAUCUCAUCUUGUUUCCUGGUGAUGCGAAAUUCGAACAGGUCCCGCAAAGUAGCUGGGGCAGGACCUAUGUCCUUAAAUUCGAGAGCUCUGACCAAAAACAUUUCUUCUGGCUACAGGACUCGUCAACCCGCCGCGAUGAGGAAUUCGUGACGAAUUUGAACAGAACCCUUGCUGAUCCCAACAUCGUCGCUAUCUGGGAUGCUCGAAACAUUUAUCCAGCGUCGGAAGCCUCUUCAUCUGCUGUUGGUGCAUCUACCUCUCAACCGUCCACGGCACAGCAGAACGCUCCAGCAGGUACCACCCCAGAACAACUUGAGCAACUUCGUGGGCUUGUUAGCUCAAUGACCGGUUUCCCGAAACUUUGGUUGACGGACGUCCUGUCCUCCCAAAAUUUGCUUCAGCUCUUCCGAUCACACCCUGAACUCCUCCCAUCUCUCUUCCCUCAUCUACCCCCUGAACUUCUCCCAUCGUCAGAUGCCACCCCGCAACAAGUGAUACAAAUAUUGCAGCGUACGACCAACUCUCAACCUUUCCGCUCAGCUGUGGCGCAGCUUGAUCGGGCACUUCGGACGGGCGCCCUCGGCGACUUUGUGAGGAGCCUUGGUCUUCCUGAGAGUGCUGCGACGGGUGUUGCUGCGUUCCUAGCUGCUAUUGCUGAGCAAGCAAGACAGGAAGGUGGAACUGAAGAACGGAUGGAAGAGGAUUAGGGAGCACAUACGCGUCGGUCGAACUGUUCUUUAGUUACGACUAUCUUUCCAGAUUCCUUGGUGUUGAGCUGCAGGCUUAUACAUGUGCCGUUUUGUUCGUACUGCGCGCUUACUGCGGGAAACUUGCGGUGGGAACAAUAUUCGGCGAAUGCAUACAUGUCUUGUCGAGUUGAAUCCGCGCUUGCUUAUACAGGAGCUCAAUCAGAUUUGGCUUCCCAAAUGCGUUGCAUCAUCUGAUGAAUGAUGUAAUGUCUUAUUCUCACUAGUUGAUGUUUUUGUCACGCUAACCGUCAAAAUCUAAUUGAUACUGAUCGGACCGUCCAUCCGUUGAUAUCCGUUUGUCAUGCGUUACUGCACGGACCGCUUCAUCAAUAAUAUUUAC